CUUAUAAAACUGAAUGGACUUGCCUUCGGGGCUGCAGAGUCAGUGCGGUUGCGCGCCAAGCCGGUGCCGCGGUACUUGACUUAGCAGCGCCGGGUGUCAGAGGUAGCCAUGCAGAGACCAGACUCGGAGCAACCUGCUAAGCGGUCCCGCUGCGAUGGCAGCCCAAGGACGCCACGGAGCACCCGUCCUGCAGCAGCGAACGAGUCUGCAGAUCCCGACUCCGAAAGCAGCGACCUCCGAACCUGGGGUCCCGAGGACGUGUGCUCCUUCUUAGAGAAACGUGGUUUCCGAGAGAAAAAAGUGCUGGACAUCUUUAGAGAAAAUAAAAUCAGUGGUUCAUUUCUGCCCUUUUUGGAUGAGAAUCUUCUCGAAAGUCUGGGAGUAAGUUCCUUGGAGCAGAGGAAGAAGAUGAUAGAAUGUAUCCAGAAGCUGAAUCAGUCUCGGAUUGAUCUAAUGAAGGUAUUUAAUGAUCCUAUUCAUGGCCAUAUUGAAUUCCACCCCCUCCUCAUCCGAAUCAUUGACACGCCUCAGUUCCAGCGGCUUCGCUACAUCAAGCAGCUGGGAGGCGGUUACUACGUCUUCCCUGGUGCAUCACACAAUCGGUUUGAACACAGUCUCGGAGUCGGGUACCUAGCAGGCUGCCUCGUGCGAGCACUUGCCGAAAAACAGCCAGAGCUGCAGAUCAGUGAACGAGAUAUGCUCUGUGUUCAGAUCGCGGGGCUCUGCCAUGACCUUGGUCAUGGGCCAUUCUCCCAUAUGUUUGAUGGAAGAUUUAUCCCACUUGCUCGCCCAGACAUAAAGUGGAGGCAUGAACAGGGCUCAGUUGAGAUGUUUGAGCAUCUGGUUAACUCUAAUGAACUCAAACUUGUCAUGAAGAACUAUGGUCUCGUCCCUGAAGAAGACAUUACCUUUAUCAAGGAACAAAUUAUGGGACCACCUGUAUCGCCAGUCAAAGACUGCUUGUGGCCGUAUAAGGGGCGCCCCGCCAAGAAGAGCUUCCUGUACGAGAUAGUGGCUAACAAAAGAAACGGCAUCGAUGUGGACAAAUGGGACUAUUUUGCCAGAGACUGUCACCAUCUUGGAAUCCAAAAUAAUUUUGAUUACAAGCGCUUCAUUAAGUUUGCCCGUAUCUGUGAAGUGGACGACGAGACCCGGGCACAUAAGGUGAAGCACAUUUGUACCAGAGAAAAGGAGGUUGGAAACCUGUAUGACAUGUUCCACACACGCAACUGCUUACACCGCAGAGCUUAUCAGCACAAAAUCGGCAACCUCAUCGAUAUAAUGAUUACUGAAGCUUUCCUCAAAGCAAACCCCCACGUGGAGAUUACAGGGACCGAAGGGAAGAAGUUUCGAAUUUCCACAGCCAUUGAUGACAUGGAAGCCUUCAGUAAGCUGACAGAUAACAUCUUUCUGGAGAUUUUAUACUCCACGGAUCCACAGUUGUCUGAGGCCCGGAAUAUUUUAAGGAACAUUGAAUGCCGUAAUCUGUACAAGUAUUUGGGUGAGACCCAGCCGAAGCGUGAGAAGAUUAGAAAGGAAGAGUAUGACAAGCUUGCCCAAGAAGUUGCUGACGCCAAACCUGAAAUUGCCCCGGAUGUUGAACUAAAGGCUGAAGAUUUCAUCGUUGAUGUUAUCAAUAUGGAUUACGGGAUGGAAGACAAGAACCCAAUUGAUAAUGUUCACUUCUAUUGUAAGAGUGACAGCAGGCAAGCAGUCACAAUCACUAAAGACCAGGUGUCCCAACUGCUGCCACAGAAAUUCGCAGAGCAGCUCAUCCGCGUGUACUAUAAGAAGAAGGACAAGAAGAGCUUGGACGCCGCCGGGAAGCACUUCAUUCAGUGGUGUGCGUCCAGGGACUUCACCAAGCCACAGGAUGGUGACAUUAUAGCGCCUCUCAUAACGCCUCUGAAAUGGAAUAAAAAGACUUCAUCUUGCAUCGAAGAAGUAUCCAAAGUAAAAACGUGUCUCAAGUUUUAAGGGAAUGUCUACAGUUAGUUCUUUUCAAAAACCUCUUUGCCUCUUCACAGUUAAGUUUGGAAACAGAAUUAGAGGCCACCUGUGAUUUUUACUUAGUAUCUUGAAUGUACGCUCAUGUUGGGGGUUGGGGGGAGGUCGUUUUUUAUUCUCAACAAAAAAUGGUAAUAUUAACAAAUGUUCCCUAUCUGUCCUGUGGUGAUUUGAAUAAGAAUGGCCCCAGAAGCUCAUGAUUCAAUGCUUAGUCACCGGGGAGUGCAACUGUUUGAAAGGAUUACAAGGAUCAGAACGUGUAGCCUUGUUGGAGGAGGUGUGUCACCGGAGGUGCUUUGAGGUUUCAGAAACCCAUGCCAGAUCCAGUGUGUCUCUGUCUGU